AUGAAAAUUUCAUUUAUCGUAUUAUUAUGUAUCGCGCUCUUCGUUUCAACAUUUGUUUUGGCAUUACCAGCUCCUCAAUCCACACAAGGUUCUUCUAGUAGUAGUGGUAAACGUCCAAGUCGUCCAAAGCCGAGUCUUACACCUUCAACUUCUCAAGGAGAGGCGUCGCAACCUGAAUCUCAAAUUAAUGUUACUGCACCAACAUUGAACCAAUGUUUUAAACCGAAUUCAGAUAUUACUGUUCGCUGGACUACUUCACUUACUGAUGAUAAACUACUUAUCAAAAUACUAUCGUAUGAUAAUCCUUCAUUUAGUCUUGGCUUAGAUCACAAUAAUGUUGUUGCGGCGUCUGCUGGACAAUUCACAAUAAAAACCACCGCCGAUUGGCCUAUUGGAUCAUAUACGGCAAUGGUUCAAUUAGAAAGUAAUGAAGAAGUAUAUGGAGCUAGUGAACGUUUUAAUAUUUGUAAUUCGACGACGCAAAGUACGAAAAAAACGUCAGACAGUUAA